UCAGAGGGUUGGUUUAUCUGGACAGCACCAAAGGCGUAUAUAUAGAUCUAUGGAUGUGCGCAUAUCUUCUAGUAACGCGUGGCGCUAGUCAGCCGUUCUCUUUCAAAUGACAAACGGCACUGCCGUUUCCACAUAGUCAGUGUAUCAGGCUAUCUGUCGUAUAGUUGAUGCCGUCGGCAGGCUUGACUUUCAACACAUUGCGUGAAGGCUGCCGUUCCCAUCUGUCGGUAAUGGGCUCUGAUGGUCGUGCGUGGUUACCUAAUGGCAACAACGGUGGAAAACAUGGGAUUAUCGAUGGCUAUUAAGUAAGUGGUAGCUCCCAAGCUUCUUAAAAUGACGGCAAAUUUACAAUCUAAUAAGGAAGGGGGUAGUCAUCGUCCUCGCAGUGGUCAACGCAGGUUGGGGCAGUCCAGAUUUGAGGGUACACGCAAUGCUCAGUUGUUGGCUAGCGACACCGAGUCGCCCCCUCUCAGUCCUGCACGUGCGGAGAGACGCCCUCUCCGUGUGGAAUUCGCUCUUAUGGAGGAUGAUGAAAAGUCAAGCGGCGGUGAGGACCGAGAAUUGACAAGUUUCAGAAAUGGAGCACACAGGAGAUUCAUCCAACCUAGACUGUCUCUUCUUGGGAGACCUCUGAAUUAUCGCCAACAUAGACGAGAUGUUAGAUACCGCAGAUUACAGGCAAGGAUAUACAAUUUCUUGGAGAGGCCGAAAGAGUGGACAGCAUGGGUGUAUCACUUUUCAGUAUUUGCUGUGGUCCUCCUGUGUCUUGUCCUCAGUGUUCUAGCUUCCAUCAAAGACUUUGAAGCCAUUCUCAGUCCCAUCUGUGAAUAUAUGGAAGUGGUGCUGCUGGUGUGGAUCGCCAUGGAGUUCUGUCUACGUCUGUGGUCCUCUGGGUGUCGGUCCCGGUACCAGGGAUGCAUGGGUAGACUCAAGUUCAUGAGAAGACCUCUCUGCUUAAUAGAUGUCAUUCUGCUGCUGGCCAGCCUGGUGUCUCUGAUUGUUGGCAGCACCCAGGACAUGUUUGCUACUUCCUCUCUCCGAGGUUUUCGGUUCUUCCAGAUCCUGCGUCUUGUCCGGAUGGAUCGACGUGGAGGUACAUGGAAACUGCUUGGGUCUGUGGUAUGGGCUCACAGACAGGAGCUGUUGACCACUUUGUAUAUUGGUGUCCUUGGCCUCAUCUUCUCCUCCUUCUUCGUGUACCUGGCAGAGAAAGAUGCCCACAAAGGAUUACUUGGGAAGGAAGGGAGUGAGAAGCGUUUCUCCAGCUUUGCUGAUGCCCUGUGGUGGGGCGUGGUGACUCUGUGUACAGUUGGCUACGGGGAUGUGGUGCCAACCACCUGGGGAGGAAAGUUGAUAGCUUCCUUUUCUGCCAUUCUGGGAAUAUCAUUCUUUGCAUUGCCAGCUGGUAUUUUGGGUUCAGGGUUUGCCUUGAAAGUGCAACAACAGCAACGACAGAAACACCUGAACCGUCGCCGAGUACCUGCUGCUCAGCUCAUACAGUGCCUGUGGCGGUGUUAUGCAGCAGAUGAGAACUCCAUGUCCCUAGCUACAUGGAAGCCCCAUAUGGUGCCAUGCCCUAGUCCAACUUUAGAAAGACCCUGGAAGAACAAUGCAUCAUUUGUGAGUAGAUUCUCAACACGGCGCAGGGAGAGGUCUGGAACAAACUCAACAUCACGAGAAAACAGCAGCGGGGAACGGGGGGGCAUUCAGUCCCCUAUGACCCCCCGACAGAACAGCAAGAAGAUGCAUCACUCUAACACAGAGGAGGAUGUGCCAGAUGCUUUGAACAGUCUUGUAAAUCGCACAUGUCUUCUAUACACUACCAGGAGUCACCUGAGCUUAGCCACUGGCAUAGCGGAGCAGCGCACACUGGACCAUCUGCCCGUCAAGAAGGAAAACUCAAUAUCAUCCAUAUGUAAAGAUUCUGAGGACGAACCAGACUUGUCCCCAAGGGUCCAGCAGCUGACAGACGUACACAAAAGAGCAAUUCGGUCCAUACGCAAGAUGAAAUAUUACGUUGCUCGCCGGAAGUUCCGAGAGGCUCUGAGGCCUUAUGAUGUGAAGGAUGUCAUUGAACAGUACUCCGCUGGCCAUAUUGAUAUGCUUGGCAGAAUCAAGAACCUGCAAGCAAGACUUGACCAGAUUUUGGGCAAAGUAGGCAGUAAAAACAAGGAUGUGUAUGAUUCCAAACAGAGCCUUGCUUCUCGAGUGGUAAAAGUUGAAAGAUCAACUGAGGAUAUAGAAGCCAAACUGGACCUUCUUGUGGAUAUGUACAAAGAGGAUCGCCGAAUUCUUUUACAGUAUUUACAAACACAGAUGUCCAGUCAGACCCAGCCAACACCUGCCAAUCAAACAAAGCCUAGACCGAUAUUGGUGGAGAAACAAUUCACAAGUGAACCUGCCACGCCUACAAGUCUUAGUCAUAAUCCUGUGAAACCUAUGCAGCGAAAUCUUUCAGAUUUAAGCCAAAGAAUUAAGAAACGUGUCACUUAUCGUUGUCUGUCUUUAAAUGACCCCCCUCCAAGAUUAAAAAACUGCACCAAAAAUGUUAUGACACCAUUUGCAACAUCUGAGGACAUGGUGCCCAGUCAAAACCCACCUGUACAGAGUGGCUUAGUGAUUGGUUGUAAGGGAGAUAACUCUUGUGAGAAGGGAAAUAAUUAUUUGGACAAUGACGAUGAUUCUGAUGAACAGGGAGAGGAAUACUAUGAAAAGGAGGAGAGUCUCAAUGGAAAAGAGGACACAACUCCCCUGGAAACAGAUCCUUUACUUGGUGAAAGUAGAGAUUCAAAGGAUAAUGUGUCUGAAACAAUUCCUGUUACCAACCUGUCAGAACCUCAAGGAUUAAAGUCUGGAUCAAAUUCCACAUUCAGUUCCGACAUUGAUGCUGUGUUUUCCUCACCGGAUGAUGACAAUAUAUCACAGAAUUUUGAUGUAAAGUCAUCAGUGAAUGAAGGAUAUGUUAGCACAGAAAUAAAUGAGAACACCCUGGAUUUUCAUAUACAGUGCGAAACCUCCCCAUCCAAAUACAACCAUUGUUGAGGAUACGCUCCGUGUUUCUCUGUGCAGGAAAAGAACGACUGUUUAGAUAUUUUGCCAUCAUUUAUGCCUUGUGGAUGUAUCAACUAUUGGCUGAUUCAUCAUUUUCAUUGUAGCUUCUUGUAGUAACAGGAGAACUCAACCAGCUACUAUCAUGUACUAUUCUACUGAUAAUGUUGAAAUGGGUAAGACCAAGAAUGGAAAUAAAGUUCAUCUAGAGACUGACUAUUUGUUGGAAAUAAUGUGGCCCUUAAUUAUUUUUUGUUCCACCUUCAGUUAAAGUAAAUGAAAACAGGUAAUUUUAAUAUGGCUAUAUUCUAUUCAUGACAUGAUCUGUUACCUUUGAGUAGUUGUUAAGAAUAAAGGACUUGCUUCAUUUCUUACCAAACGCCAAAUUGAAGGCACACAAUGGAUUUGAACAUGUUACCAAACUGAAUUUAUUUGUAACUUUCAUGUUUCCUUGGUGGCACAGUGUCUGUGUGCCUAUCAUUGUGUUUGUUAUGAUGCUUCAUUGGUUCAAUAUGUUUUUCCGGUUAAGAUUGAAUCUGCACAUACAUGAUCACCGAACAUAAUGGGGCUUUACAUGGAUUGACAACAUACAUGUUUGCAGAUUGUUUAAAAAAAAUCUAAAAUGGUUUCCAUGCAAACCAUGUUGGAAAGUUCACUAUCAUUCCAGAAUUAGAAUCAACGAUCUAUGUCUCUUUAAUGAAGUGUUCUUCGUAUUUCAAUGGUCAAGUUAACACCUCGCCUUAUCUACGGAGUCGGCUUAUCCGCGGUCAUAUACGGUAUAGUGUACCAGUCAUGAAAACAAGACAGUAGCAGAGGUUUCUCUUGUCCAGUGAGACCUUUCUGGCCUGGACACUGUAAAUCUGUCCCUACUAGUGCUGCCACUGUUAAUUUCUGGAUCGAGUGAGUGAGUGAGUGAGUAUGGUUUUACACCGCUUUUAGCAAUAUUCCAGCAAUGUCACGGCGGGGGACACCAGAAAUGGGCUUCACACAAUGUACCCAUGUCGGGAAUCGAACCUGGGUCUUCGGCGUGACAAGCGAACGCUUUAACCACUAGGCUACCCGACCGCCCCGAUCCAGUUAGUGAUGACACUGGUGUUCUGGACACUGCUAGUCCCAACAGUGUUGGUCUGCAAUGCCGACUUCUGGAUAGUAAUGGGUGGAAAAUAUAUCUUCUUGACUCCAUUGUAUGGGAACCUGUUAAUCCAGAUGCCCAGUGAUAAUAAUAUAGAUAAAUUUAUGUAAGCCAAUAUCAAGAUUGAACCUGCUCUAGGCUCUUUCAUCUGUGCUCUUUCAUCUGGUAGUGAACAGAGUUUCUUUGCGAGCUAUAUGGGCAUUGGAACAAAUGUGUUUUUAACAGUCCCUUUCGUUUAUGGAUGUGUUUGGCACUCUCGAUGUCGAUGGGAAUGUUGUUCCAAAAUGAAAUCUUGGUAGAAAGAGCAUUCUUGAUCCUUCCUCGAAAGUUGUGAAAUGUAGACACCAAGGGCUGGAGCUACAGAAAUAUUGCUCGACAUAAAGGGAAAGAUGACUAUUGGAAAGUUGAAGUCAUCCCUCUUGUCAUACAGUCUUGUGGAGAGUGUUUUGCCACUAUGAAUCUUUAUGGAUAGAUCUAACUAUGAGACAAAUGAAAUGAUCUCACUGGUCUCCUUUAUUUCUAGUUCAGGUGGGUAAAUCAGUGAACGGGAUUUGGCUAUUUGUUUUACUUAACAGAUAUCAGAUCAUCUAUUUCUGAUGCUUAAGUUAAACUUCUUGGCCAAAUUACCUUGUUUUGAUUUUGCCAAUCCGAGCUGAAAUUCAGAUUCAUAUGCAUAAAGAAACAGAUCAGUCGCCAAAAGACUUAGUUGGAGGAACAAGCAGGAAGUGAUGGUGUCCAGAUUAAGCAGGUUACACUGUCUACUUGAUUUAACUAAAUUACUGCUCCAUAUAAACCUAUUCUAAUCCUUGAUACUCAGUGGAUAUGAGGUUAGCUACAAAUGACAAGCAUAUCAAAUGUAGGAAAUAUGUGAGUGAGUGAGUAUAGUUUUACACCUCUUUUAGAAAUAUUCCAGCAAUUAUGGGCUGGGGACACCAGAAAUGGGCUUCAUACAUUGUACUCGUGGGGAAUCGAACCUUGGCCUCUGGCAUGUUGAGUGAACACUUUAGCCACUAGGCUACCCCACGGCAAGUAAUAUGUCUCUGCGUGGGUCACAUUGCGUGGGCGUGGGCUACAGGCAACUCUCUCAGCCAACACUCCUCUCGUACACACCUCAACAUAUGUCUCCAUGAAGUUAGCUAUGGAUCACAUUGAUCUCUGAAUGUUGCAUACAUUAUCAUUCCAUCAUCAAAAGAUGGAAUGUUUUCAUAGGGCUGGUCCCCUAAUGUAGAUAUGUUGAUAUGUAGGUUUUCAUUUGAUAGUAAUACUAUUAGUAAACUCUACGUGUAUUUGGAAUGAGUUCAUUUUUCUUCCUGUCUCUUAGAUUAUUUCUUAGUGUGUAUAUAUAUUUAUAUCCACUGAUUGUUGUGAUGAUUGGGAGCAGUUAUAACCUGUUCUAUCAUCAGAUACUUAUAUUAGUUAAGCAAGGUGGUUGCUGAGAGUCCUUGGAUGGCUGACCGAUUUCUGCAGUUUGUCUCCUGAGAGUUUCUAGGGCUUGGGUCCGUCCCAAAUUGAAGCACAUGUUACACGUCAUCUUUGGCAAGUGACUUUGUUUGAGGGAGAUGAGAUUGAAAAUGAAGUGCUUACUGAUCCAUUGAUUAAGUAAUGAUUCCAUGUGCACUUUGAACAUGAUGUCUAAAAGCGCCAUACAAAUAGACAAUUAUAAUAUAACAUGCAAUGUACAAAAGCAAAGGUCGAGUCAAAUCCUGAAUUAUAUUAUGGCAACUGGUUCAUGUCAAUCGGGAAGUAACCUGACUACCAGAAUAAUAUAUCAAUUCAACUACAUGUACGACGUUUUCUUUGAAGCAUUAAGGUUUAUUUAGGAAUGUUGUUAAUUAUUGUAAACUUCUAAUUAUUACAUAUAUAAUGACAUUUGUAUCAUUGAUAAGUGGUAAUGUCACUAUUAUCAACUAUUUUCAUCAUGAACAAAGAUUAUAAAUUACCAUUAACUAUAUAUCAAUAUUUAUUGCAUUUUUUUAGAAAGAUGCAUGUAUACAUUACUUUAUCAAAAUAUACUUUCUACCUCUACUUUAUCUACAGAAAAUGGUUUGUAAGUGUGAAUUGUCUCGAUUAUUAAUGGUCUUUUUAGUUAUUAAUUGGUCUAGUUUGUAAAUAUGCAAUGCCUUGUAGAUGUUUAGUCAGAUAUUUUCCCAUGUAGAAUAGUAACUUAUUUCGGGCUAUUUCGGGAUGGACUGAUGCCUAAAGAUAGCCAUUGAGCCAUAUUUAAAAGACUGGAGAACUAAAGCAAUAUCUGACUUUCUUAUGUCACAGUGGAAUUUCCCUUCUGUUGCAGUCAACAACAACAAAAAAAGUCCUCCUGUCAAUACGUCUUAUUUGUGUACCUUUUGUAUCAAAGACACUUGCUGUAUCUAAGAUUCGCCAGUGCAUUUUGAUCCACACAGUUUCAAAUUUUGUUAAUUGCCUCAUACUCAUAUAUCCAAUGAGGACAUUUGAUCAGAAACAUUGCAGCUGUCUGUUUAUAAACAUUUUCCACAUGGACUUAAAAGUGGAAUUGCGAUGCUAAGAACAGCAUCAUGAUGUUAGUCUAUCGUUGAUUUAAGCACAUGCAUAUGAAUAGAACCCCCAAUGGAAUUUCUUCAGAGCAUUUUGAAAUUGCUCAGCUACUUCAUCGACUGAAAUUUUGUAAUCUUUACAAAUUUGACAGUGUCAGCAAUGGUGCCCGGUAUGGCGCCAGUUCAGAAGUUUGAUGUUGGAUAAAAACCAGUUUUUUAAAGUAAUUAAAAUAAACUGAUCCUAUUUUCAGUCAUAUACUGUUUGGUGUUGGCAUUAAAUAUGUCCAGUCUUUCACACGGUUCCUGUAGGGUUUUCAAUGGUGGUAAGCGAGUGUUGGUGCAGUGUGUAAUAUUGAAUAGAAGAUUUGAUCUAUUAAAAUCCUGCAAAUGGUUUUGAACACCUAGUAUAAAAACUUCAGUCAAUAAACGUUCUGAAAAAGCAGGGCAAAACACAAGAAUGUGUGCCAAAAAAGGCAACUAAUUCAAUAAAAAAAAAAUUGUUUUGGUUUGGGUGGGUGGGGGGCAGUAUGUUAUUAUGUUUUUAUCUAACAUCAAACUGGCCGUCAUAGACAUCAGUCCAAUUCCAAUUGCAUCAGUUGAAUGAGUUAUCUUGUCGGAUAUUUACAGGAUCCUAUUGUAAUGCGGGUUUAGCAUCAGCGUGUGUAUGAGUAAUCACCACUUCCACUACUAUACUAGAAAACAACGACUUCAAGUCUUUCAAUACUGAAGAGACUCACUCAACAUCACAUGUGAAUAAUGAGCUGUACUCCUUAAGAAAACUGUGUGUUGGUAUAAAAAGUGUACUUACAAAUAUUAAGAGUUUAGGAAUUUGUUAAACUUGUAGGUCUGUGUUCUUGUUGCCAACCAUUAGAAUCUAACGUGUUGAUGACCCUGCAGAUUCCAAAAUGUCUUACUGUUAAUGUCUUACCUGCUCUCUGCUUUCCAAAGUGCUCAUUCAAACCCUGAUGAAUGUAUAUUUGAAUAAAAUGUAUUAAGACCAUCAACAUGAAUCGCAUUUUAUAUUUGAUGUGAAAGAUGUGGUUGUUUUCAUAAUGACUCUGCUGCUUUUAAGGAAUGUACAGAUUAAUAACAGCUUAGCAGGUUCCUUUAUAAAGGCUUGUAUUUUCAUAAGCAUAUUCUUUUUGAAACCUGCAGACCACAGUAGGAUACCACAGGAAGAAAUAUAUUGUUCUUAACAUUUACAAGACGCACAGAAACUCUUACAUAGUAUUUUUAUUCUAACCUACCUAUAUUUUGACUACGGUGUUUGAUUGGUAUAGGUGUUCAGCUUUAGAGAUUUAAGUAUUUGGGUUUAAAUCAUUUGUCAGUAUGAUUUUACGCCCUUUUUUAGCAAUAUUCCAGUAAUAUCGUGGCGGGGGACACCAGAAAUUGUCAUCACAAAUUUUCCCACGUGUGGUAUCGAAACCUGUAUUUUGGCAUGAUGAGCGAACACUUUAACCACUAGGCUCCAACUGCAGUCCCAAUAGUCAUGGAAACUCAUGAUUGAUAGUUUUGAUCAGUAGUUUUCUUCUUUAAAGUAUGUUUUUACAUGUGUAGCUGUCGUGAGCAUUUGCUGAAUAUUUUGUUUUAAAAAAUGAUGCAAUUUGUUGUUUUACUUUGCUAUGUGUUGACUGUUAUAAACGAUGUUUUAAUCUAAAAAAAUAAGUAUUGAAUCCAUAUAAAUGUAUUAUUCUCAUUCCUGAGAAUAUUGGCCAUCAUCAUCUUAACCAUGUGUGUCCUACAAAUGUAUAUGUUACAGAUCUUACAUCUAAUUCAUGUUUGUAUUUUACAUAUAUAAAACAACAGAAAAAUAUGCAUGGUACACACUAUUUAUUUUUCCAAAAGAUGAGGAUCACUUAUUAUUCCUGCAUUUUGGGAGGCACAGGUGGGUAUUGUGCUGUUCAGAGGCCGCCAAGGGUUCUCUGGUCUGGGGUACAAGGGAUCUCUGGUCUUGGGUACAAGGGAUCUCUGGUAUGGGGUACAAGGGUUCUCUGGUAUGGGGUACAAGGGAUCUCUGGUUUGGGGUACAAGGGUUCUCUGGUAUGGGGUACAAGGGAUCUCUGGUAUGGGGUACAAGGGAUCUCUGGUAUGGGGUACAAGGGUUCUCUGGUAUGGGGUACAAGGGAUCUCUGGUAUGGGGUACAAGGGAUCUCUGGUCUGGGGUACAAGGGAUCUCUGGUUUGGGGUGCAAGGACUCUCUGGUUUGGGGUGCAAGGGUUCUCUGGGGUUCAAAGCAUUGGUCUGACAGUACUACAGUCAUCUCUAUGACGUCUUACACAAUGGCAACAUACAAAUGGACUUUAGGUCUCCUAUAUACCCAUAGCAUUAGCAGUGAUAACUAUAAAGCACAGAAUAUAUCUUAAAUGCGGAUUUAAUAGAAUUUUGACAUGGUGAGAAAACCCAAGUUAACUACUCACUUAUGUAUCACGAUUGUAUAUGGGAUUUCUGUAUUAGCUGUCAUUAUUUCAGUGUUAAAUAGCAAAUAUACCACAUCAACAUCAGAGAAUAACCAGUCUCAAUUAUCUGUCGAAACGAUUCCAUUGGGUGUAACAGGCAAAAUCAAAGUCAGUAGGUGUAAGGGAAAAGGGUAAGUCUUGUUGUACCUAUAUCCUCCGCCACUCACACAAUUAGCAUACAAAUGUAAGUGUUUAUUUGUUUCUUACUCCGAUCAACAGUACUCCUGACAUACGAUGACAGACUCUCUAUUUUGAACUCCCAUAUUCUUGUUUAUAUGUACAUUUUUAAACAGCUCCACGUAAAAGUCAAACUUCACCAUCGUUGCCGCAGUCACACCUUGUUUUUCAAACCACUAGGUGCUUGGAAGUGUGAAGGUCAUGUGAAGGUCAUGUGAAGGUCAACGGCAAACGCAAAGCCUGAAAAACACAUGUAGUUUGUUUUCCACCCAACUCGAGUAGGAUAUUUGGUUGGUUAAUGAAACUUGGUACAUAAAGUCUUUGGGGCAGGCCCAUAGAGUUUUUGGUGACCCACACGUAAGUAUAAGGCCACAGUAAAGUUGGUCAAAACAUAUGUUUGACAUUUCAGGCAGAUGUGCAUGUACCGGUAUUGAUUAUGUGAUUUGCAUGACAAGUUAUGAUACCACUGGUAAAACACAGCGACCUACUUUUGGUGAGUAGUAUAUAGAGGAUAUUUCAUGUGUCGAGUAUAUGUGUAUGAGAGACACGAGUGAAAACAUCUCCUUUUUCCAUGUUACGAGAUAGGGACAUGAUAUUUCACGAGACACAUCAAAUAUCCUAUUUAUUAUAUAUACUUUUUGUGUAAUUGUCUAUUAUUUCAUUAUUUCAUUACAAAUGUAAAACCUUGAAACGUAAAUUCACCCUUCCUUACACACAGGGGCCGUUCACCACCCCUUGUAUUCGCGACUUUAGAAGUAGUUUAGUGUUGACAAAAUCUUUAAAAAUAUAAACAAAAGUAUCAAAAAAUAGCAGCUCAGAAAGCUCAGUCUAUCACACUGAAGUAUAUAAUAUAUGAUACAGUGCAUGUUUUAGACGUUAAAGUGAUUAAAACCAAGGGACAUGAUACUUGGUUUACAUGCUGUACUGCCCUUGGGAAUACUCUUGGAAUAAUUGCAACUAUUAAUACAGAUCAAAUUCCCUCUUCAGGUCACUCCAUAAUAUGUUCUUGAUAAUUCAAGAAGUGUUUACUCUAAACAGAAGUUCAAGUAAGAUUUUGAGUGACCCUUGUUGAAGGGCAAGGUCAUGUGAAUGGUAUUUAAAAGGUAGCCCUGCUUCUCUGACUACUGAACCAACCCCCUGUGUUGGUAUGGCACAUUUGUAAGAGCUAGCCCGUAUUUUCACAUACCGAAAUAAUCAUGCAUGUGAUUGUCUGAAAUUGAGGGUCAAGGUCAUUUGAUCAGAAGUUCAAAUAUAACUUUCUUAUUCAGAGAGCUAGAGUCAUGUGACUGUUUGAAAGAUGUACUGCAUUGGGCAAAAGGAAUGCAUAAAACCUUCAUAUGACGCUAGCGAGAGACAUGGGACUUUUUUUUUAAAUGUUACUGCAUUGGGCUUGCACUUCCCAAACCAUUAUUUUGAAAGUGAUGCAUUUCGGUUCCUAAUUAUGUGUUAAUUUGUUUGAGGCAGUUGUAGGUAUGCUUGUCAUCACAUCAGAUGUUAUGGUAUCACAUUGGUGGUAUGACUUCUGAAAAGUCUGAAAUAGUCGAAAAAGGACUGCUUCUGAUCUUCCAAAGACUUAAAAAAAACAAAGGAUUUCCUAAAAGUCAUUGGCCGUGACAUGCAUUUAUACUUUUUGUAUUAUUGUAUUCUGUAAUACUUCUAUAAAUGUACUUUACAAGAACAAUUGCUUAGAACAGAAAAUGGUUUAACAUUAUUUCAACUAAGAGUGGUUCAACAUGGACAUCCUUAUGUUAUAUCUUGAGUCAUGAUUCACAGGGUACCUGGCAUUUGCAAGAGUUAUGAUAACAUGUUCCAGAGCACCAGUAAACAUGUAAUUGUUGUAUGGGAUGGAUGAUGAACGUGCAGUCACACGAUGCAACAUUUACACCUAAACUAACGAGCCUUACAGAUCCAUAUCUGGCUCUUCAAUGUAAACAAACGAGCCUUACAACUCUAUAUCUGGCUCUUCAAUGUAAACAAACGAGCCUUACAACUCUAUAUCUGGCUCUUCAAUGUAAACUAACGAGCCUUACAACUCUAUAUCUGGCUCUUCAAUGUAAACAAACGAGCCUUACAACUCUAUAUCUGGUUCUUAGAGGAGGAGAAACAAAUGACCCUCACAGCUCCACAUUUGGCCCUUAAAUGGAGCCUCUGAAACAGAUGAAAAUACAAUUUAUCCGUCAUCUUCUCUGGAUUAGGAUUACAUGAGUGUUUACUGUUAAUAUUGUCAGAAUGUUUAUUUGGAUUCUGUUAUCAUGAUUUUUUCAUGAAUAAAAAGUGUGUCA